CCACAUUAACCAAAAAAACACACAAACGAUUCAUAAAUUAAUCAUCACCAUGGCAAGACUGAAUAUUUCUCCCGUUAUGGUGAUUUUGCUUCUGGGAAGCGUAGCUGUCACCAUCUUACCAGGACUUGCAGUUCCAGCACCAUCACCAGCACCUGCACAGCAGCAUUUGUUGGAAUGUGCAAACAAACUCGGAGACUGCGGCAAACAAGUAUACUUUGCUGUAUUCGUCAAUGGAACUACUGUCACCAAGGACUGUUGCACUCGGGUUCUAUCUGUGGGCAAACAAUGUCACCAUGAUUUGAUAGUAUAUGCUACUCAGAGGCCUACUUUCAAAGGAAACGUUUCUGAAAUUUUGGAUAAGAGCGAGCAAGUAUGGAAUGGUUGUGUUCACUCCACCCCGGCAUCUCUUUUCCACUGAUUCUCAUAUCCCUAAUAGGCUCUCUAUGUACUUGUCAAAAACGUAUGACAGAUUCUUAAACU